AUGGCAAAGAAAUUAAAGUCAAAGGUCAGUCAGAUGCUCGGCAAACCCAAGUAUGACAAGGCGAGUCUGGCAGAUCUGGUAAUGGCUGUUUCCAAACAGACAGGGAAAGAUCUCUCACAACUGGAAAACGUGCAUCUCAAAGACAUAACGGAGCAACAGACUGCAGCCCGUAUCAACGAAGUUAAGAACGGCAGGGAGAAGGAAGAGACUGUUUUAUAUCCCAACGAAGAGUCAGGGGACUUUGAGAAGAUUCACGACUCAAAUUGGGGCAAAUCAGUUCACAGGAUCGUUGACAGAAUGGGCAAUAAAGAGAUCGAGAGCAUUGCCAUCCCACCAUUCACUGUCGCUCAGAUACAUCCUCACUUGAAUUUUAAGCUUGCCGACCGGCCAGCCAAAGAGGCUAAGUGA